UCAGCGACUUACAGCAGGACUGCAGUGGGCAUUCUGACACUGGGGGGAACUGACUUGGUGUCACUGACAUCCCAAUGAAACGAAUACAGUGAUCAGUGCUAAUAAAAAGCACUGACACUGUACUAAUGGCAUUGGGCAGGAAGGGGUUAAUAUGUGGGGCGAUCAAAGGGUUAGCUGUGUGUCUGUGCUUCACUGUAGCACACUGCUUUGCAUGGCUGUGCUAUGCAGAGUCAUGCAUAGCAGUGUGCAGGAGCUGACAGGGGAGAGACCUGUGUGUAAACAACACAGGUCUCUCUCCUGCCAGCAAUAACAUGCUGCUG